AUGGUGGGGCACGGACAGCCUGCUGGAGGCCGCUCUCGGGGCGACGUCGAGGGGGGCGGCAAGGCCAAGGGCUACUGGAGCUACUGGGUCUGCUCCAGCCGCCUUUGCAGGGAAUGGAACUGGGGCUCGCUCUGGCAGUGCCGCAGCUGCGGCCGAGUGGCCCCGCCGUGGGUCAAGGCAGCCCAGCCGCCCGCGGCCGCCGCUGGCCUGGAGCAGCCUGCCGCUGACGCCGAGGGCUUUGUCGUCCAGCCCCGUGGGAGGAAAGCGAGGCGCCAGGCCAAGCGCGCUGCUGCCCGCGCAGCCAGCGCGGGUGCCGCCAGCCUGGCAGGCGCCAGCGAGGCCAGCAGCAGGCAGCUGUCGGGAGUCGAGCGGCACCGCCAGGAGGUCAAGCGCAUCGAGGACUUCCUGGCGGCCCCUGGCGAGUCCAUCGAUGAUGCGUGCCUGCAGUCGCUGCGUGCGGCCCUUGACCGUGGGCGUCGCAGGCUCGCGGCAGCGGAGGCGGCGCAGGCUGAUCGCAGGAAGGCCGACACCCCCCUGCCCAAGGCGCUCCACGGCGCUGGCAACGCCCUGGGUAAGAUGGCCAGGCAGGGGCGGGCCAAGGAGCAGGCGCUGCUCAAGGCGGAGGAGGCCCACGCGGCGGCCAUCAACGAGCGUGAGGAGGCAGUCGCUCGGGAGGCCGCGUGCGCAGAGGCCGUCGAGGAGUGCCGAGCUGCCCUCGAGAUUCACCGCGAGGAGCAGAAGGCCGCUGAGGCCAGACAGGCCCAGGAGGUUGGGGCAGCCUUCGCUGGCACGGACCUGCUCGGGCUGGUCUUCGGCCUCAUUCAGCAGGUUGAGGCCUUGCCGCAGGGGUUCGCCGCAGGCAACGGGGAGGCCGCCUUCGCCGAGGUCGCCAAGCAGAUCGCUGCGGUCCGCAGGCAGGCACCCCCUGAGCCCAAGGGCUGCUCAUCCUGGGCCGACACUCCCGUCGACGUCUCCGACGAGGACCUCGGUGGAGAUGACGAGGAGCGGACCCGAGCGUCGUCGGUCCCGUCCGUGCAGGAUGCCGCCGAGCGUGGCAGGGAGCGCGGCGAAGAGCGGCGCAUGGCGCAUGGCCCGCAGCCCAACCGCUGGCCAGGAGCCUUGCCAACGCUGGAGCGGCCCUCCUCGACGACCAGCCGCUGGCCACGGCCGCUGAUGGCCCUGCUGCUGGCAGCCGCAGGUGUCCUUGACGUCGCUGCGGCAGGCCCGUGUGCUGAUAGCGGCAGGAGGGCUAUGCGGCGCCUGAGCGGGCCACAUGCGAGGUCGGCACCAGGCUGUGGGGGAGAGUUGAGGGCCGCCGACGGGCGGGCCGCUGGCGAGCGGGUGGCCGAGUCCCUCGACGGGUUUAGCGAAGCCGUGGUCAUGGGCCGUAUUGGCAACGUCGGGCACAGGAGCGUCGAGGUCAUUGAGGCCUUCUUCCACGCCCACCAGUCCUGGCCGCAGCUGGUCCUCCUGCGGGAGACGAGGCUGACCCAGGAGCGUCUGCUUGGGGCCAGGGCGACGGCACGCCGUCUCGGAUACACCGCCUUCCUCCACGAGACGGUGGCCACGGAGCAGUCUGGCCCGAACGCCACGUCGGGCGGCGUCGCGAUCCAGGUGAGGGUCGGGCUCCAGGCCGAGGAGUUGGGCUGGCCGGCUGGGGUCCGCGGUCAGGUGCUGGGGCCUUCGGAGGCGACCUGCUGUGCCCAGGGCCAGGAGCGCGUCUUCGACUGGUUCUUCGCGUCGUCGGACCUGGCCACCUGCGCGGCGUCCUGCACGACCACGCUCAGUGACUUCGGGCUGCGCCCGCAUUCCCCUGUGCCGCCGCGCCUCCAGGACGUCAGGUGCGUCGCCCUGGUCGAGGUGCCCUCCCGUCCCGCGCGGCUUCCUGAGAUGGAGGUCCUGGGUAUGCGGCCCCGCGAUGCCGCCCUGGUCCAGGCCUUCACGUUCGGCAAGCGCGGGAAGGUGGCGCAGAAGGAGGUUACUUGGUCAAGGGCGCAGGGUUCGCGCCCGAUCGGCCUCUCCGCGGCCUUCGGCGAGUGGAUCGAGGCGGCGGAGGGCACUCUCUCGGGCAUCCACGUGACCGCGACAGACGACCUGCCGCGCUUCCUUGGGCGUGCGGCAUGGCCCAAGUUCAGGCGCAUGCCCUUCAGCGCGCUGGUGCUGCGAGAGGCCCUCCCUGGAGCCUCCGACGAGAAGUGGCGGCUCUGGCUCCAGGAGGGCUUCUCCCGCAGGGGCGGGGCCCACGGGUUGGAUGUUGGCUCUUCGACGCUGCCGCCCAUCACCCUGGAGGACCUGCAGCAGGCGUGCAGGCGCUUCGGCCCGUAUGUGGGGUCGGGCUGCGUCUUCCUGCUCCCUCGCCAGCUCCUCCUGCGGCCAGCGGCGCUGCCGCUUCGCUGGUCAGACUUCCUGGUGGCGUUCGAGGGCGAGCCUUCUCCGUUCAGGGGCAGGUGGCGCUUGCGGCUGCUAUUCCCAAGCCGACGGAGGGACGCGGCCCGCCGCGCUGCUCCCGCUGGCCCUGCGGCUGGGGUCUCGCCUGAGGCACCAGACCACCGCUGCCCCCUCUUCUGGGGCCGUGAUGGACGUGGCUCGGAGUGCAGCCUGAAGCACCAGCAGGAGUCGCGGGCAGCGCCUUGGUUGCAGGCCUGGCUGGAUGCGCACGGCCUCGAUGAGGAGAGCCUGCUGAGCUGGGCGGAGGAGGCCGUCGAGGCCGUCUCGAGCGCCAUGACAAUUUUGGACCCCUAG